AUCGCAGGAAGCCGCUGCAUGGCUCCCGGCGCACAGGUCGACCUGAUCUCGUACCUCUCGGGCGCCGGCCUCGCCGCGCUGGUCAACUUCCCGCUCUGGAAGGCCGCUGCCAUUGGGCAGAGUGGCUUCACGGCGCAGGGGCCGACCUUCUUCGCGAGGCUAAAAGUGCUGCUCGGCCCGCCGUACAAGGGCGUCGCGGCGACGCUCUUCGGCAUGACGUGGGCACGCGCCGCGAUCUUCUACUGUGCCGACGCCGGCCGUGACCGCAUGCUCGCGCUGGGCGCCUCGCCUGCCGCGGCGACCGCCCUGCCGGCGGUCGGCAUCUCGACGCUGGUCCAAGUGGUGAACCAGCCAAUCGUGCGAGGGACGAUCACGAUCCAGGACCCCAGCUCGCGCCACGCCGGCCUCGUCGCCGCCCUCCGCCACAUCCACGCCACGCGCGGCGUCAGCGGCCUUUGGCACGGCACGGUUCCCGCGGUGGCAAAGACGGUGCCGAAGUAUGUCGUGGCGAUCUGGGUGAAGGACGCGAUGCAAGAGCUGCUGCCGAAGCCGACGGCGCCGCCCGGCGCGCCCGGCCACAGGUCACAGGUCCUCCAGGCGCGCGCAUGCCCAACAAGUAGUUGCGUCACUCCCGCGCCCACGGAGCGUC